AUGUCGUGUGACAACAAGCAGGGGCGCUCCCCGAGAACAGGCUGGGAGGAUGAGGAGGAGGAAGAAGUGGAGGUGGAGCUCCUCAAACAGUCCAGGGGCAAAGAGCCAGAGGAGAAGAGCAGCAGGAGACGCCACAAAACCUACAGCAGGUGUCAUAAGACAUUCAGGAGGCUGGAGCAGAGGGAGCAAAACGGGGCCAGAGAGCCCAGUGGGGAGAGAAGGACAUGGGACAGCAAUGGCAGAGACAGCCCCUCGCUCUGCAGCUACAAUGGCUCAGAGAACGGGCUUCCUGCCACUGGUGAGACCAACACAGACCUGCACAGCGACAGCAACACUGGGAGCACCAGGCACCACACACAUCUCACCUCCUCACACACACACCACACCUCCUCAGAAACGUACUCCAGAAGCCACAGCGGCAGCCGAAGCCAAAGCACCAACUCGAAGAAGAAGAGUUGUGAGGAUGAUGAAGAGGACCACCUGGUAUAUCACACCGGCUUCGUACUGAAAGAAAGAUAUGAGGUUGUAUCAACACUGGGAGAAGGAGCCUUUGCAAAGGUGCUGCAGUGUAUUGAUAGACAUAACAGCGCUGAGCGCGUGGCGCUGAAGAUAGUGAAGAACAGCGAGCGUUUCCGUGAUGCCGCCCGGUCUGAGGUCGCCGUGCUGGAGGAGAUCAACAUGCUGGACGAUGACAACAGAUUUGCCUGUGUGAGGAUGCUGGACUGGUUUGAUCAUCACGGUCACGUCUGCAUCGUCUUUGAGCUGCUGGGCCUCAGCACCUUUGACUACCUCAGAGAGAACGGCUUCCUGCCGUACAGCGUGGAGCAGAUCAGGCACAUGGCGUACCAGAUCUUCAGAGCUGUCUCCUUCCUGCAUCGUAACAAGGUGACCCACACAGACCUGAAGCCAGAGAACAUCCUGUUUGUGCGCUCGGACUACGGCCUGGAGCACAGUGCUUGGCUGAAGCAAGAGGAGAGGGCGCUGCACAGUCUGGAUGUGAAGGUGGUGGAUUUUGGUAGUGCCACGUUUGACCACGAACACCACCACUCCCUGGUGUCGACACGCCACUAUCGGGCCCCAGAGGUCAUACUGGAUCUGGGCUGGGACCAUGCGUGUGAUGUGUGGAGUCUUGGCUGCGUCCUCAUGGAGUUUUACCUGGGACUGACACUGUUCCAGACUCACGACAGUAAAGAACAUCUGGCUAUGAUGGAGAGAGUGCUGGGUCCCAUACCCCCCCACCUGCUCAACCAGACCAGGAAGCGUCGUUAUGUGCACAUGGAGCGUCUGGACUGGGAUGAGCACAGCUCUUCUGGAUGCUUGGUCAAGAAGCACUGUAAACCGCUGAGACACUACAUGCAGGGGGGGACUGAGGAGGAGAAGCAGCUGUUUGACCUGGUCAAGUGCAUGAUGGAGUACGACGUUUCCAGACGAAUCACAAUGGAGGAGGCGCUGUGGCACCCUUUCUUCACCCCACUCAGGAAGAGCCGCACCUAGCGUGUGCGCGCAUGCACACACACACACACACACACA